GGAUCAGAACCACCGGACACUACUAGCAUUUCCAAAAUGAGGACCCUGAAAUAUGCAGCUUUCCUUUUAGCCUUUAUAAUAUUCAAUACUGCAGAAGCCGAUGAAAAUAACAUGAGAGCGAAUGUAGAAAAUGAGAGGCCACAGCCCUUACAGAGGCGAUAUUCAGAGGCCAUCCUCGCCAGCGACUACAGCAGAUCCGUGGAUAACAUGCUCAAAAAGAACUUUGUCGACUGGUUACUUGCUAGAAGAGAGAAGAAAAGCGAAAAUACAUCUAAAGCCACCAAAAGAGAGGCAGAGUUUCAGCUUCCGGAUGGGAAUAUGAAAGAAAAAGCAGCUCAGGAAGGAUUUGAGAGGAACAUAAGCUACUUCACCUGGCUGAUGAGGAACAAGCACAGAGAAAGUGCCUACAAUGAAGCCAAAAUGAUGUCGAACCAGGAAUUAGUAGAUUUACUGAUGUUAACAGAUCUAUGCAAACAGAGGUUUUCUUAAUUGUUGCUCAGUUCCAUAUCUGGACCUCGUGUGUCCAUGGAGAAUCCACGGACAGACACACAGAUGCUGUAGUUAUCAAUUUUAUUUGCUGAUUCCCAAUGAAAGAAAUAAAAUACAUUUCAGAACU